AUUGAAUUAGGUCAACCUGGGAGUAAUGUUUUCGUUACCUCUGACCAAUGGAUAGCUGCUGAAGCGACUAAAUCAUUUACAGCUAUGACUACUUCAUUAUUGGUUUCGGUAUUUCCUACAGAUCAGUUGAUUAAAAGCAACUACAAAGGUGGACCACCCAAAAAUGCAAUAGAUAAGACCGUUAUACACACUGGACUGGAGAAUACUAAUGAAUUAAAAGCAAUUAAAGAAGCAGUCCAGCAACGAUUUAAAAAACAAUUUAAUCAGGCUGAGUUUGGUAAAUGCAUUAACGUAAAAUGCAACAAAUUACGGUCAGAAGCAUUAAAGAAGAAGCCUAAAACUGAGGAUCCUCCAAAAGACACCAAGGAAAAUAAACCUAGUGAUAGCUAA